AUGCGUUGCGCACCCAUGAGCGGCGGCGGUAACGGUAGCAGCGACGGAGGCGGCGGCGGAGACGGCGCGGUGAGUAACGCGGCGAGGCCGCGUGUGUGCAACGUGGGGUUGGCCGUGGAGCAGCUGCACGCGAUGAGCUCCAACGACCUCAUGGCGCUCGUGCAGCACGCGCUGCGCGAUGCGCCAAAUCAGACGGAUAACUUGCCACGUCAGCGAAAGCCGCCAGUGGACUUGCCGCCGAUUCGGUUGUGGGACAGGCGCAGCGGCGUGAGCACGCAUGUGGAUCUACCUCUCCUCGCAGCAUCGCUGCCUCUCCACCUCCUCUCCUGCGCUGCCCUCGCCCUCCAACACGCCCGCUCGCCCUCCGCUCCUCCCCCCAACGCUCCCACACACACUCCCUCCUCUCCUCCCCCAAACGCCCCCUCCCACACACCCUCCUCUCCUCGUCCCCUCGUCACCCCUCCCUGCCACCCUCAUGACGACCUCCCUCGGGCCAAGCGCGCACGGCUGGACGGGGCGGAGGGGGUGCGCGUAGAGGUGGGGGGUUGGGGAGGGGAGGCAGGCGGGAUAGGGGAAGGCGGGACUGAAGAGGUUGGGAUUGGAAGAGGCCCGAUGGAGGGGUGUUUUGGAGGUUCAGGGCGGGGGAGAGGGCAAGGAGGGGAGCAGAGUGAGGAGAAGGGAGGGAAGCAGGGUGGGGUGCGGGGACUGGGGCAGACACAGGGCGAGGGGAGUGUGGUAGUUGUGGGGGAGGCGGCAGUGGGGGAGGCGGCACUGUAUGCAGGCACGGUAACGUCGUGCCUGUACCUGCUGCCUGCCUUCGUCACCCCCGACUGGAUCGACACUUGCUCCGUGCUCGCCCUGCACCCCCUGGUGGGGGCCUUCUUGCCGGCGGCCUUCUCAGCUGUCACCACCGCCUUCCUCCACCUGCACUCCCUGCUCUCGCCCGCCCUUGCCGCCUUUACCCUUGCGGGCAGGGGAAUGAUUGGAGUUGGGGGGAGGGAUGGGGGGAGGGAUGGGAAGAGGGAUGAGGGGAAGGAUGGUGGGAGGGAUGGGGAGAGGGAUGGGGGGAGGGAUGGGAAGAGGGAUGAGGGGACGGAUGGGGGAAGGGAUGGGGGAAGGGGUGGGGGAAGGGAUGGGGGAAGGGAUGGGGGGAGGGAUGGGGGGAGGGAUGUGGGCAGGGAUGAAGGGAGGGCAAUGCAAGAGGGCGGUGUGGAGUGGGGCUCGGUGCAGGGGGUGGUGCGGCAGUGCGAGGCGGCUCUGCAGGUGCUGCAUGUGCUGUGCCGCUCUGAUGGGCUGGGCGCCCUUGCACUGCACCACCAGUUCCUCACAGUCAGUGAGGCAGACAGCUCCACCUUUCUGGAUGACGUGGCAGCCAAUCCAGCCUCGUUACAGUUGGCACACAGUGUAACAAAAGAGAUCCUCUCUCUCCUGCACGACACGGCCAUCGCCAACGUUGACCUCACAGCCCGCCUCCUCGCUCACCACACACCCCCCUCCUCCUUCACUUCCCCCCACGCGCGUCUCCCUUGUGGGCGCCUGAGCCUGAACGUGCUGCGGGCGGCGGAGGUGCUUUCAGAUGACUCCAACUUCCGCCCCUUCUUCAUGCUGCAUGCAACCCCCUUGUCUGCCGCCUCUCUUUAUCACCCUCGCUCUGCCUGCUUCUUCCUUCUGCACCUGCUUCCACCCGAUACUCCUCUUCUGCCCCGCCUCCCCCCCUCCCUUCUCUCUCCUCUCACACCCCCAUUCAUUCACUCCCUCUUUGCCGGAAAGUCUCUGUCAAGAACUAUCUCUCUCCACCCCUCUCCACCCCUCCCCAUCGCCUCCCCAUUCCAUCCUCCCACCCGCAUCGCCGCGGGCACCGCUUCUCGGCCAUCCCGCCCUCCUUCCCCCUCGCUUCCUCCUCCUAAGGGCCAUCCCGCCCUCCUCCCCCCUCGUUUCCUCCUGCUUAAGGGCCAUCCCGCCCUCGUUCCCCCUCGCUUCCUCCUCCUCAAGGGCCAUCCCGCUCUACUCCCCCUCGUUUCCUCCUCCUUAAAGGCCAUCCCGCCCUCCUUCCCCUCGUUUUCUCCUCCUAAGGGCCAUCCUGCCCUCCUUCCCCCUCGUUUCCUCCUCCUUAAGGGCCAUCCCGCCCUCCUUCCCCCCUCGCUUCCACCUCCUAAGGGCCAUCCCGCCCUCCUUCCCCCUCGCUUCCUCCUCCUAAGGGCCAUCCCGCCCUCCUCCCCCCUCGUUUCCUCCUCCUUAAGGGCCAUCCCGCCCUCCUUCCCCCCUCGCUUCCACCUCCUAAGGGCCAUCCCGCCCUCCUUCCCCCUCGCUUCCUCCUCCUCAGGGCCAUCCCGCCCUCCUUCCCCCUCGCUUCCACCUCCUAAGGGCCAUCCCGCCCUCCUUCCCCCCCUCGUUUCCUCCUCUUAA